AAAAACUUCAUUUUAUGAGAAUAAAAAGAUACGAAGUUAAAAUAUAGUUAAUAAAACGUUAACGAAUUUUCUAUCUUUAGCCCUUCCAUUCUUUCUGGCCAGCGAAGCAUUUAAAGCUUUGCAUUUCUUCUCUUUUGGGGAAGGUGGUUUGAUAUGGGGGCCUCCUCGAUUUUGCCAGAUCUCGGAACCGAGAUCCUGAUCCCGGUUUGUGCCGUGAUUGGAAUUGCCUUUUCUCUCGUUCAAUGGAUUCUCGUUUCCCGGGUCAAGCUCUCUCCCGGUCGAGACUCUGGUGCCCCCGGUAACAACGGUGCCGCUGGUAAAAACGGCUACGCUGAUUACCUCAUUGAAGAAGAAGAAGGUCUCAAUGACCACAAUGUUGUUGUUAAAUGUGCUGAAAUCCAAAACGCCAUCUCUGAAGGUGCAACCUCAUUUCUUUUCACCGAGUAUCAGUAUGUUGGCAUUUUCAUGGUUGCUUUUGCAAUCUUGAUUUUCCUCUUCCUCGGCUCCAUAGAGGGUUUCAGCAUGAAGAGCCAACCUUGCACAUAUGACCUAUCUAGGAUGUGCAAGCCUGCCCUUGCCACUGCUGCGUUCAGCACCUUAUCAUUCUUGCUCGGUGCAGUCACUUCAGUUGUUUCUGGCUUUCUUGGGAUGAAAAUUGCUACCUAUGCAAAUGCUAGAACCACCCUUGAGGCAAGAAAGGGAGUUGGAAAGGCAUUUAUUACUGCAUUUAGAUCUGGUGCUGUCAUGGGCUUUCUUCUUGCUGCAAAUGGCCUUUUGGUGCUUUACAUUGCCAUCAAUGUAUUCAAGCUCUACUAUGGUGAUGACUGGGGUGGUCUUUUUGAGGCAAUCACUGGUUACGGGCUUGGAGGUUCAUCCAUGGCUCUUUUCGGCAGAGUUGGUGGAGGAAUCUAUACUAAAGCUGCUGAUGUGGGUGCUGAUCUUGUAGGCAAGGUGGAGAGGAACAUUCCCGAGGAUGACCCUAGAAACCCUGCUGUGAUUGCUGACAAUGUUGGGGACAAUGUUGGUGAUAUUGCUGGAAUGGGAUCUGAUCUUUUUGGGUCCUAUGCCGAAUCAUCUUGUGCCGCCCUAGUUGUUGCUUCCAUCUCUUCUUUUGGAAUGAAUCAUGAAUUGACUCCAAUGUUAUAUCCUCUCAUCAUCAGUUCUGUCGGUAUCAUUGUUUGUUUAAUCACCACCUUAUUUGCAACUGAUUUCUUUGAGAUCAAGGCUGUUGAUGAAAUUGAACCAUCAUUGAAGAGGCAACUUAUAAUCUCCACUGUUCUCAUGACUAUUGGAAUUGGAGUUGUUAGUUGGAUAGCUCUUCCACCUUCCUUUACCAUUUUCAAUUUUGGAGACCAGAAACUUGUGAAGAACUGGCAACUAUUCUUAUGUGUUGCUGUUGGUCUUUGGGCUGGCCUAAUUAUUGGUUUUGUAACUGAGUACUACACUAGCAAUGCAUACAGCCCUGUACAAGAUGUUGCUGAUUCCUGCAGGACUGGAGCUGCAACUAAUGUUAUUUUUGGUCUUGCAUUGGGUUACAAGUCUUGCAUUAUUCCUAUUUUUGCUAUUGCUAUCAGUAUUUUUGUUAGUUUUAGCUUUGCUGCUAUGUAUGGCAUUGCUGUUGCUGCCCUUGGAAUGCUGAGUACCAUAGCUACUGGAUUGGCUAUCGAUGCUUAUGGUCCCAUCAGUGAUAAUGCCGGAGGCAUUGCUGAAAUGGCUGGCAUGAGCCAUAGAAUACGAGAGAGAACUGAUGCUCUUGAUGCUGCGGGGAACACCACUGCUGCUAUUGGAAAGGGUUUCGCCAUUGGUUCAGCAGCCCUGGUGUCCCUUGCCCUCUUUGGUGCUUUUGUGAGCCGUGCUGCAAUUUCAACAGUUGAUGUCUUGACCCCUAAAGUUUUUAUUGGUUUGCUUGUUGGGGCAAUGCUUCCUUACUGGUUCUCUGCUAUGACCAUGAAGAGCGUGGGAAGUGCAGCUUUGAAGAUGGUUGAGGAAGUGCGCAGACAAUUCAACACAAUCCCAGGUCUCAUGGAGGGCACUUCCAAGCCCGACUAUGCUACCUGUGUCAAGAUCUCUACUGACGCCUCUAUCAAAGAAAUGAUCCCUCCUGGUGCCCUUGUUAUGCUCACACCCCUUAUUGUUGGGAUCUUUUUUGGUGUCGAAACUCUCUCUGGUGUCCUUGCUGGAUCCCUUGUCUCUGGCGUCCAGAUUGCUAUCUCUGCAUCCAACACAGGGGGUGCUUGGGAUAACGCUAAGAAGUACAUCGAGGCGGGUGCUUCAGACCAUGCAAGAGCUCUUGGUCCCAAAGGAUCGGAUCCACAUAAGGCAGCUGUUAUUGGUGACACCAUUGGAGACCCUCUAAAGGAUACAUCUGGGCCAUCACUGAACAUACUCAUCAAGCUCAUGGCUGUUGAAUCACUUGUUUUUGCUCCCUUCUUUGCUACACAUGGUGGACUGCUGUUUAAGAUAUUCUAAGAGAAAACAAACAUUGGCUAAAGGCCCAUUGAUUCCCAUCUCUGCCGGGUUCCACAUUUCCAAUUUUCCUAAGUAUAUUUAGUCUAGCACCUUUUUUACUCUAGAGACCAUCUCCUCUCAAAGGUUUAAUCAGGCAAUGAAAAAUUUCCCUUGUAAAGGGUUUACAAAGACAUUGAUGAUGAUGAUGAUGAUGAUGAUGAUGAUGAUGAUAAUGAUAAUGGUCAAUCCAUAGAAAAGAGUUAAAACUGUUUUGUUACUAUUGUUACUUUUUGUUAUAUGAAGAAUGUUGAUUUUUGCUCUCGUCUAA